AUGGCUCUUCAGAUAAGGGGACGUCUCGUUCUUCUAUUGUUUUUCUUAUUCAACAUCGGGAAAGGAGACGAUGACGCUGAAUUCUUUGAUGUAUUGUCUGUGGUCCGUGAUGGCGAGCUUCCCGAAGGCGUAUCAAAGGUGCCAGGUAGAUGUCAGACGCCUUCUAUCAGCCCAGAAGAAUUCUCCGGAUUUUCCCUUAAUGAGAACGCAACACUGCACCAGCUCGCUGCAGGGAUGUUCUAUAAUACUUUCCCAGAAGACUUCUCUGUUAUAGCUGUAAUUCGACUGCCAUUCGGCACGGAUCAAAAUCCAUUGUUUGUGUUAUACUCGGAUGCGGGUGAUGAACAGCUGCAGCUAGUGGUUGGAGAAAUGGUAGAAUUGUAUUAUGAAGACACCCGAGGUGAUCCGCCUGAUCACGAACUACUCACUUAUCGGGUCAACGUCGCUGAUGGCAGGUGGCAUCGCAUUGGUCUGAGUAUAAAAGGUGACUCGGCAACAUUGCUGGUGGACUGCGAAAUAAGAGAGUCGCUUCCACUUCAUCGCAAGCCCGGUAGCACGUUUAACCUAGCCGGAGCUCUUGUCGUUGGAGUCCAAAUUACACCUGAUCAAUACUAUGAGGGCGACAUAGAGCUUCUUAAGUUUGCAAAUAGACCAGACGUAGCAUACGACAUGUGUGUUGCAAUUGCCCCUGAUUGUGAAGGAUCAAUAUCGCAGUAUGCAGGACGAAUAUCUGAGAGAAAUGUUCCAUUUGAAAAUGAGAUACACGCUAAUAGAGAAUACACACCGACCGCGAUUGGUUUACGAACUGACUACACUGACAGCAGGCCGUAUGGGCACAUAGAUGAGAAUCGACUCUCUGAUGUAAGAAAUGAAUCCGAUGGCCCAUGGGCUGCUAGUGGUGCUCCCUACUUAACAUCAAGACCAUACUGGCAGAGUCCCGACAUCCUCCCUCAAAUUGGACAAUAUGCUGCGUCAACAGAUAUCGAUGAAAAUAGCAUCUUCGGCAGAUUCACCGAUAUAGACGAAUUCAAUACUACGCCUUUAAGUAACUUUGAAAAUGUUCCUGACGAAAUUACAGGCAUAUCUACACCAAUGCCCACACGCCAAGAUAAUUUCGAUAUACAAAAUGUAACUCUCGUUACUACUGAAUCGUCCUACACGCCUGUGACGACUACAGAUGACACAAACACUGACUGGCUAACAAAUGCCCCGGAAGUGUAUGAGGGAAAUUCCUCAGUUAUUUACGACUCAAAUGACAAUUACUAUGAUUACGGUGGCACAAGUACUUACACAGGCCCACGCGGAUAUCCAGGCCCACCAGGUCCACCAGGUCCCAGAGGACCCAAAGGAGAGCCGGGUAAACCAGGAGCGGAAGGUCAACAAGGCUUUACGGGGCCCCCUGGACACGUUUUUGUUGUGCCUUUACACCAAUCAGGCAAUGAUAAAGGACCUGACGCUCAAGCAGAAGCGCUUCGACAAAUGCUUACACAACACAUGACUGCAAUGAGAGGUGUAGACGGGCCUAUGGGACUCACUGGACUUCCAGGACCUGAAGGCGACAUUGGACCCGAAGGCCCGAAAGGAGAACAAGGCGAACAAGGGGAACCGGGGCCAACAGGACCAAGAGGUCUUCAAGGCCCACCCGGACGAAUAGGACGGCGUGGCCACGCAGGCAGGGAUGGGGAAAGAGGUUCCCCUGGUGCCCCUGGACCUAAGGGUGAACAAGGCUAUCCAGGUCUUGCUGGGAUGCCCGGAGACAAAGGCGAACGUGGUAUUCCCGGGCUUCAGGGUGAAACUGGUGCUCCUGGUCAAGACGGUCCACCUGGAGAUGAUGGUCCACCUGGGCCGUCGGGAUUAUCUGGAGAGCUGGGACCACGAGGCUUUAUGGGUCCCAGAGGAUUUCCAGGGCUAAUUGGAUAUCCUGGUAUACCUGGGAAUGAAGGACCACAAGGAACAAAGGGAGCUGCAGGACAGCCAGGUCCUCCAGGAACUCAAGGGCAACUAGGCCCAAUGGGACCACCGGGCUCCCCUGGACCACAAGGGCCUAUAGGAGCGCCAGGAAUACAAGGGCCUCAAGGCAAACCAGGGAUUUCAGGACUUCCAGGGCCUGAAGGAUCUCCCGGCACACCGGGAAGUCCGGGUCAGCAAGGAUCCCCCGGAGAAGUGGGUCCACAAGGGCCCCAGGGUAUGUUGGGAUUUCCUGGUAUGCGGGGACCUAAAGGCGACGAUGGACCUCGAGGACUACAGGGGGAUAAAGGAGAUAAGGGCAUACGAGGCAUUGAAGGGGAAAAGGGAGAAAUGGGACCGAAAGGUGAAAGAGGUCAACCUGGAGAACCGGGGCCUCCUGGCAUCGAAGGUCCAGAAGGUCAAAAGGGUAUGGAGGGGCCGAGAGGCGAGACGGGAGCCAUAGGAUCUACUGGUGAAAAGGGUGCUAUGGGACCUCAAGGGCUAGCUGGUUAUCCUGGAGUUCAGGGAGAAAAGGGUGACAAAGGGGCGUCAGGUAGAAGAGGCAGAAGAGGGGCUAAAGGCGUUGUGGGUAUGAUCGGUGUACCGGGGGACAGAGGAGAAACUGGACCACGAGGUUAUCGAGGACCGAGGGGACGCCGUGGAUCCGAUGGACCACCAGGACCAAAAGGUGAUACAGGACAGCCCGGACCCCCGGGUCCUGUUGGAGAAAGAGGUCCUCAAGGACUAGAGGGUACACGUGGAUUCCCAGGUGCUAUAGGACCUCCAGGAUCAGACGGAAAACCUGGGUUGUCUGGACCGCCCGGAGAACGUGGUCCAGUGGGUGACACUGGUAAACCGGGAUUAAUGGGGCCACCCGGAUCACUCGGGCCGCCAGGACCAAAUGGCGAUUUAGGUCCUCCUGGACCACAGGGGCCUGCAGGCGUCCCUGGAACCCCCGGUGACUUAGGUGCUCCUGGUGAAAUGGGUAAAGAGGGGCCACCGGGAAUGCCCGGACCUGAAGGAAAGCCUGGCCCUGUAGGAUCACCUGGCCCACCCGGCCAUCAGGGAGAUGCUGGUUUACCGGGAACACCUGGAUCAACAGGUGCAAAAGGCGAUAUGGGCCCACCGGGUCCAGCUGGUACUAGAGGUGAUAAGGGUGAGCAAGGGGAACCAGGUAAUGAAGGCCCUCAGGGCCCAAUGGGUCGAGAAGGCCCUCGAGGAUCUCCUGGUCCGGGGGGACAAAAAGGAGAAAUUGGAGAACCAGGACCAAUUGGUCCUGUUGGACGUGAUGGAUUACCGGGACCUAGAGGACUAACAGGUGCUCCAGGUCCAGUGGGACCACCUGGUGAAGAUGGAGAUAAAGGCGAGGCCGGUCCACCAGGAGAAAAGGGUUUUAAAGGCGCCGCGGGAGAACCUGGCCCUCCAGGUUCACCAGGUAUACAAGGUCUACGUGGAGAAACUGGUCCUGUAGGAUUACCAGGAGAGAAAGGACAACAAGGAGAUCCAGGUCCACCUGGAACUAUUGGAGCAGAUGGGGCGAGAGGUCUACAAGGCCCUCCCGGUCCAACUGGUCUACAAGGAGAAAAAGGUCAACAAGGAAUCAAAGGAGAUAAAGGAGACGGUGGUCCUAUAGGGCCUACUGGUCCAGCUGGCCUAACUGGGCCCCAAGGAAGACGUGGAGCGAAAGGAAUUCAAGGCGAACCGGGACCUCGUGGUGCAGAGGGCCAAAGAGGUGAAACUGGAAAUUCAGGUGCCCCAGGACCACCGGGACCACCAGGACCCGAAGGGAAACAGGGACCAAGAGGCCCUGUUGGGCCAAAAGGUGAAGAUGGACCUCCAGGUUUACAAGGUGAACCAGGGCCAAAGGGACCAGCAGGAUCGGAAGGGCCUAAAGGAGACGCCGGUCCUGCAGGAUUUCCUGGUGAAAGAGGAGAGCCGGGACCACAAGGAAUAAAAGGAGAUCCUGGUGCAGAUGGCCCGGAAGGUAGCAUAGGAUUGCCCGGACCACCUGGACCUGUUGGACCUGUCGGUAAACCUGGUGAAACGGGAUUACCUGGUAGCCCAGGCGCAGAAGGCCAAGCAGGCGUACAAGGUAGCCCAGGCGUGCCAGGAGAAAAGGGAGACGUUGGUCCAAAAGGAGCAACGGGUGAACCUGGGCCGGUCGGACCACCAGGGCCUCCCGGAGUUGAAGGUCAACGGGGCAUCAGGGGGCCACCAGGAUCAAAUGGAGACGUAGGCGCUCCUGGCAUUAUGGGACCAGCAGGGCCACCUGGCAAACCUGGACCUCCUGGUGCACCGGGAGUUAGAGGCGAGAAAGGCAGUAGGGGGCCAAAAGGCCAUGUUGGUGAAACAGGAGUGAUGGGUGUAAAAGGUGACCAGGGUGAACAAGGAGUACAGGGUCCACCUGGACCAGCGGGACCACCAGGUCCUAAAGGAGAUUUAGGACCAGUUGGACCGCCAGGAGUGAAAGGAGAAAUUGGACCAGCAGGUUUACCAGGUCCAGAAGGUCCACUUGGACCUAAGGGACAAAGUGGUGUAGACGGAAGACCGGGACUACCAGGACCUCCAGGCCCACCGGGACCACCGGGCCCUCCAGCACCGGCUCCGCAAUUACCACCAGAGCUCUUCACAUCGUAUAGACGACGCAGAAGCGUAGAUUUAGAUUCGGAAAUGACUACGGAAGAUAACUUAGAAGAUGAUGAUGAAGAAAUUGAAUGGGCGCGCGAAAUAAUGACAGGUGUACUGGCCGCCCACACUACGCUGGAGUCUGCGAAACGGCCGUGGGGCACUCGCUCAAACCCUGCACUAACGUGCAAAGAUCUACGGUCUUCGCAUGUUAAUUUAACCGAUGGUUUCUAUUGGAUUGAUGCACGAGGUGGCGGUGCCAUUGGCCGACCAAUUCGAGUCUACUGUAAAGGGCAAUACACUUGCGUAUAUCCUGACGUUAUGGAACCAAAUGAAGUAUACCAAACGUACGAUAGCGCAAAGAAAUUUUCCCAUAUUGACAAUGGACAUCGUAUUUCAUAUGACAAUGAAGGAUCGGGUGCGAUACAACUUCGUUUUUUAAAAUUACUUUCACAAGGAGCUAGACAAAACUUUACAUACACAUGUCUGGAUGCAAUUGCUCCACAAAGAUCUGACAUACCAAUGGACUUAGUACGAAGUAAUGGAAUAAAGUUAUAUGGAUACAAUUUUGUAGAGUUCAAGGAACCACAGAUAAUUAAAGAUGAUUGCAAGGAAGGUAAAGGAGAAAUUGUGUUGGAAAUCAAAACAUCUCGCACUGACCGACUACCCAUUAGUGACUUCCAACCGCUGGCUUUUAUCGAAGCAUCACACAAGUUUUCAUUCGUUGUUGGACCGAUUUGCUUUGCGUAG